AUGCGGGGCCGCAGCAACUCGGGCGUGCCGGUGGACGGCUACGGCCGGCUGGUGCAGCAGACCAUCCUCCGGCACCAGGACGCCGUCACCGGGCUGCUGCCCGCCAGCGCCGACCACCGCGAUGCCUGGGUGCGCGACAACGUGGUACAGCGUUGCUGGCCGUCUGGGGGCUGGGGCUGGCCUUACCGCAAGAACGCCGACCGCGACGAGGACAAGGCCAAGGCGUACGAGCUGGAGCAGAGCGUGGUGAAGCUGAUGCGGGGUCUGCUCCAGUGCAUGAUGAGGCAGGUAGACAAGGUGGAGGCCUUCAAGUACAGCCAGAGCACGCGAGACUGCCUCCACGCCAAGUACAACACCCACACCUGUGCCACCGUGGUGGGGGACCAUGAGUGGGGGGCACCUGCAGCUGGACGGCCACCUUCCCUCUACCUGCUCAUGCUGGCACAGAUGACGGCCUCAGGCCUCCACAUAAUUCACAGCCUGGAUGAAGUCAACUUCAUCCAGAACCUUGUCUUCUACAUCGAAGCAGCCUACAAGACAGCGGACUUUGGGAUAUGGGAGCGCGGGGACAAGACGAACCAGGGCAUCACUGAACUGAACGCCAGCUCCGUCGGCAUGGCCAAGGCUGCCCUGGAGGCCCUGGAUGAGCUGGAUCUCUUUGGAGCAAAGGGAGGCCCGCAGUCGGUGAUACGGGUGCUGUCGGACGAGGUGCAGCACUGCCAGUCCAUCCUCCACUCGAUGCUGCCAAGGGUCACGUCCAAGGAGGUGGACGCCAGUGUGCUCUCUGUCAUCUCCUACCCGGCCUUCGCUGUGGAGGACAGCGAGCUGGUGGAAAUCACCAAGCAAGAGAUCAUCACCAAGCUGCAGGGGCGCUACGGCUGCUGCCGCUUCCUCCGCGAUGGAUACAGGACCCCCAGAGAGAAUCCCAACCGCUCCUACUACGAACCCGCGGAGCUGAAGCUCUUUGAGAACAUUGAGUGCGAGUGGCCUCUGUUUUGGACGUACCUGAUCAUCGACGGGCUUUUCAGCGGAAACAUGGAGCAGGUGCAGGAGUACCGGGAGGCCCUCGAGGGGGUUCUCAUCAAGGGGAAGAACGGGGUGCCGCUGCUGCCGGAGCUGUACAGCGUCCCGCCAGACAAGGGUGGAUGAGAAUACAGGAACCCCCACACUGUGGACAGGAUACCCAUGGGCAAGCUGCCACUCAUGUGGGGCCAGUCCCUCUACAUCCUGGGCUGCCUGAUGGCCGAGGGGUUUCUAGCUCCUGGUGAAAUCGAUCCCCUCAACCGCCGCUUUGCGACUGUCCCCAAGCCUGACGUAGUGGUGCAAGUGUGCAUCCUGGCAGAGACCGAGGCAAUCAAGGCUGUCCUGAGGAAGGAGGGCAUCGAUGUGGAGACCGUGGCCGACGUCUACCCCAUCAGAGUGCAGCCUGCUCGCAUCCUCAGCCACAUCUAUGCACGCCUGGGUCGCAACAAGCAGAUGUGCCUGACGGGACGGCCCUACCGGCACAUGGGCGUCCUUGGCACCUCCAAGCUCUACAACAUCAGGAAGAACAUCUUUACCUUCACCCCACAGUUCAUAGACCAGCAGCAGUUCUACCUGGCACUCGACAACAAGAUGAUUGUGGAGAUGCUGAGGACGGACCUCUCGUACCUCUGCAGCCGCUGGAGGAUGACCGGGCGGCCCACCAUCACCUUCCCCAUCUCUCAAACCAUGCUCGACGAAACGGGCAGCAGCGUGCACCCCGCGGUGCUGGCAACGCUGCGGAAGCUGCAGGACGGGUAUUUCGGUGGCGCAAGGAUCCAGACGGGUAAGUUGUCGGAGUUCCUGACAACGUCGUGCCGAACGCACCUCAGCUUCAUGGACCCUGGGCCGGAGGGUAAGGUCUUUGCCAACGGUUACGAGCUCGGCAUUGACAGCUUUGAGGAGCUAGACCCUGAGGAGUGGCUGCAUGGCUUGCAGUUGGCAGAGGAUGCGGACACGUACGACGAGGUGGCGCAGUACCUGGACCACCUGCUGCAGCGCACGGUUCCCCAGGCCAACCUCCCUCCCACCGCCCAGCGGGGAGGGCUGAGCCGCUUCCGCGCCGCCGUGCACACCACCCGCGACCUCAUGUCCCUGGCGUCCAAGGCCAAGGACCUUCACGUCCAGAAUGUUGGGAUGUACGUCCCCAGCAAGAUCUUCCAGGCAUCCCAGCAGUCAGUCAAGUUGCUGAGCUCGCCCCACCAGCAUGAGCAGGAGGGCAAGAGCCACGCACUCCAUGCAGAGAUGAACCUGCCCCGUGAUGAGGCUGGCAACGUGGACUGCAAGGCGCUGGUGGACCAGCUGCGCAUCUGCCCCACGCUGCAGGAGCAGGCGGACAUCCUCUACAUGCUCCACAUCCUCAAGGGACCCGAGUGGCACACGGGGUUGGAGAGCGAGCCUGGCCCUACUGUUAAGGAGCUCCUCACCGAGCUGUACGUGCGGGUGGGCGCCACGCGCCAGUGGGCUCUAAUCCGCUACAUCUCCGGCAUCCUGAAGAAGAAAGUGGAAGCUCUGGAUGAGGCCUGCACGGACCUCCUGUCUCACCAGAAGCACUUGACGGUGGGGCUGCCCCCAGAGCCACGCGAGAAGACCAUCUCCGCCCCGAUCCCCUACGAGGAGCUCGUUCACCUCAUUGACGAAGCCAGCGAGAAGAACCUCAGCGUGUCCAUCCUCACCCAGGAGAUCAUGGUCUACCUGGCCAUGUACAUGCGCACCCAGCCCGCGCUCUUCGCUGAGAUGUUUCGAAUCCGCAUCGGGCUCAUCAUCCAGGUGAUGGCCACAGAGCUGGCGCACUCCCUGCGCUGCUCGGCUGGAGAAGCCACUGAGAACCUGAUGAAUCUCAGCCCGUCCGACAUGAAGAGCCUCCUCUUCCACAUCCUCUCUGGCAAGGAGUUUGGGGUGGAGAAGAGUGUGCGAUCGGUGGACUCGUCGGUCACCACCGCUAUCUCCAUCUGCGAGGUGGGCGCUGUCGGGGCCACCAAGCCUGAGCGUGCUGGCAUCGUCAGGCUGAAAAGUGAGAUCAAACAGUCCACUGGGCACUCGGAGUUGCUGGGCAAGGGCUCCUUUUCGAGCAUGCUGGAAGACCAGAGCAGUAAGGACAGCCGCCAGGGCCAGUGGAAGCGGAGACGGCGGCUGGAUGGGGCCCUCAACCGUGUCCCCAUGGGCUUCUACCAGAAGGUCUGGAAGAUCCUGCAGAAGUGCCAUGGUCUUUCCGUGGAGGGCUUUGUUCUCCCCUCUUCAACAACCAGAGAGAUGACUCCAGGGGAAAUUAAGUUUGCCGUGCACGUGGAGGCAGUCCUCAACCGCGUGCCCCAGCCAGAGUACCGGCAGCUGCUGGUGGAGGCCAUCUUGGUGCUCACCAUGCUGGUGGACAUGGAGGUGCACACCAUUGGGGGCAUCAUAGCUGUGGAAAAGAUCGUACACACGGCCAAUGACCUCUUCUACGAGGAGCAGAAAGCCCUGGGUGCUGACGACGACAUGCUGGAGAGGGAUCCCACGACGGGCAUCUGCAGCCUGCUGUACGACAGCGCGCCGAGCGGCCGGUUCGGCACCAUGACCUACCUCUCCAAGUCGGUGGCCCUGUACGUGUACGAAUUCCUGCCCGGCGACGGCUGCGCCAUGCAGUAGAUCUCGCCGCUCUCCUCCCCGGCCUGCGGACUCGGCGGGAGGGUUGUUGAACGCCACGUGUGAUGACGGACCUUCGGGCUGGGUUUGCAGGCAGACGGCCUCGCGCUGGGAGAGCGGCGCCGGCAGGGAAGGGCUGAGCUUCGAAGCCAGCUUGCGGUACCGGCACCUGCCUGCCUUGUGGUGCAGCUCUCCUCAGGGCUGGCUGUGUUUGAGGGGGCCUGGAAGGACCUCCCCUGCCUGCAGCAGAUUGGAGGUUUUUAACCCGUUCUGUGCUGCUUUGUCCUCCAAAUCUGCGGGGUGUAUUCUAGCUAGAGCUGGUGCUCUUCCAGCUGCUGAUAGAGAUAGCGCUGUUGGACUGAUGGGGAGCAGGCAGCCCGUGCCCUCCCCACACCCCUUUUUCCACCCCCAAAAUACUGGGGGAAGUGUUUUCCACGUGUGUUUGCUGACCUCUGGGUCUGGUUUGCCUUAAAGCUGCUCGGGGGCUGCUGCCAGCAGCCCCCUGCCCCUCAGGGCCUGCCUGGCUGUGAGCUGGCCUGGGGCCCCCUGCGGGCCUCGGGCCUUUUUUAACAAACGUUUUUAAAACGAACAAACAAAAAAAACCCACUCGUGCUGUGUGGGAGCCCGCAAUAAAAU